AUGGGUGACGCUUCAGUAUUCACUUAUCCCUCUCCCUUGACCGGAUAUGAGAAUGCCUCACCACUAUCAGACGAGAAAGCCGCCGAUGGAAAGAGCUAUGUCAAUCCGCCAGCAGAGAAGCUGAGUGGCGCGUAUGAGAAAUUCAUAGAUCCUCUAGAUCAAAGUGAACGCGGUGGUUUCGACGUUCACAUCUACUAUCUACAGACAAACGAGCAGCAGACAAAAUACGCCAAAGAACUGUGGGAGCGAAUCCGACGAGAGUUCCCCGAACUUCGCAUCUACAAGCUCUGGAGUGAACCAAUCGGACUUCAUCCAAUCGCAAUGUUUGAAGUCAAUCUUUUCACACCAUCCCAGUUUGGCGCCUUUAUUGCGUGGCUUGCUAUCUGGCGAGGGCCAUUGUCUGCGCUUGUUCAUCCCAAUAUCAUCCCGGAGGAGGGCGUUAAUAUCUGGGCGUCGGCGAAGAGGGAUCAUUUGGAGAGGGCUAUUUGGAUGGGUGAAAGAAUUCCGCUGGAUCUGAGUCUGUUUAACAGAGAGCUGUAG